CCUGCGCCGCGGAGAGUCCUCGCCUCCCUUGGCGGCUGCGGUUCCUAUAGGGACGGAGGGGAGCGCGGCCUGCUGCCGGCGGAGCCGCCUCAGGGGCUGAGCCCCUGGCACCAGGUAAUUAUUUCAAGAUGCCUGGGAGUUCAGUGAUUUCGUUCAACUGUGUGGAUUCUUCUCUGUCGUCUCUGAAAAACUGCCAGUCAUACAUAAACACUGGGAUGGAUAUUGCUACUAAUGUUGCUCUUGACCUUGUGGAAAAUUGCAAUGAUGUAGAGGAGGUUAACAGUAUGGAGAGUGUGAUGCUAGAAUAUGCUGCAAUGGACAGAGAGCUAAACCAUUAUAUGCAAGCAGUUGAAGCUACGGUACAGCAGAUAAAACGAGACAAACCAGAAAAUAUACCAGAUCUAAAAGAUUUAGUGAAAAAAAAAUUCACUGCAUUGGAAAGCAAAAACGAUGACUCAGAUUUGCAAAGAAAUGAAAAAUAUAUACAUUUUAUGGAACAGCUUAAAAGAAUGAGAAAACAGUUUGGUCCCCGGUCAAAUACUGAUGCAAAUGAGUCCAUUGAACAAAUAGAUGAAGAUAUAGCAGUGACUCAAAGUCAGAUUAACUUUAUUUGUCCAAUCACACAGAUGGAAAUGCAAAAGCCAGUUCGAAAUAAAGUCUGUGGCCAUACCUACGAAGAAGAAGCCAUUCUAAAAAUUAUACAGCGUCGAGAAAAUCAAAAGAAAAAGGCAUGCUUUCUCCUGGGUCAACUCCUCAAAUGUGGUUAAAGGUCUCGAGAGUCUCCUCAUGUCCAGAUUUCACAAUAAAAUGUUUGACUUGUAAAUACUGAAAACACGGGACCUUUGUAUUUACAUUAUUACCUACCUCUUGGUGUGACUUCAGAUCAGGACCCAGAAACAGCUGUCCGAAUUGAGAAAUCUCAGCGCUUACUGACAAUGAAUGGUCUCUUUGAUAUUUCCUAGGGCUAAAUUCCUGAUAGAAAAUGCUACAUUAAUUAACAAACUUUUGAGUACUUGACCUGCAACCUUAACAUUGUUUAAUGUAGGGGUAUUCUGAUGUAAUCAUAUGGUAUGUUAGAAGUACACAUGACAACAAUAACAAGGGUUUGCUCUAACUACAUUUAGAAAGGUUACUUAGGCACGCUACAUGUAACUCUUAAGUUCUGCGUAGAUCUGUCUGUUUAAAAUGAGCUGAGUUGAUGUGUAAUUAACAUUUGUUCUGGAAAUACAGAAUCAGUUUUUGAAAUGCCACAACCUGCUAGGUCUAUAGAAACCAUUCAGACCUACUCUCUCAAGCUCCCAGCUGGAGUAACCAUUUUCUGUUGUGCUGCUACAUGAUUGCAUUCUUCACAGUGGUGUUCCAGUGGGAGCAAACAUUCCUAACGUGGUUUAAAGGCAAAACCUGGUCAGUUAGGCAAAGCCCAAGUUAAUGCACCUUGUCAGAGAGAUCAAUAAGUAGCUGAGGGAACAGGGUGAGGAACAGAAUCUUCUCCCCAUCCUCAUCCUAGAGCUACAGCCAUUGCUAUAGGCAAAGCAAUGUAAUACUGGCUACAGCAAGCUGCAUACUCUUCUUUCCUCAGGGCCUGUGGACUUGACAGGUGUACUUCACAGACCAUUGGCUGUCUCUCAGCCAUUUCACCUGGCUUGCCCGCAGCCUCCACCUUCUGUGCUCCCACAAAGAAGCCUGCUAUGCAGCUCAGCUCAACUGCUAUGCAGCUCAGCUCCACUGCAGCUUAAGGGACUAUUGCAUACUGCUCUGUGGCUUCCCCAACACCUUGCACGGUGCCUUCCACAGCCUGGGAAAAUUUCAUGCACUGGUCACAGUAGUGCUAAUACUUACAGGAAGUGUUUCAUAUGAGACUUUCAAGGCACUUGACAAACCUUAAUUAAACCUUGCAACACUUCUAUCAGACAGAUAAUUAUUAUUCUAACCAGUUUAUAGAUUGAAAAACUGAGGCACAGCAUGAUUAAGUGAUUUGCCCAAGGCAGACACAGCAAGCCAGUGACAAAGCCUGGAAUAGAAGGGAUGAGAACUGACUCUGUAUUCCAAGUCCUAGACAAAAUUCCUUCCCAAAAACAAACUAGGUUCCAAAAGAAGUGGGUCCUCAAAUGUUUUAACUGUGGGCAUUAUCCAUAUACAUCUGGCUCCACUAGCAAGGGGAAAAGAUACCCUUCCCUGAAUAUCUUUCACUGUAGAAGUAAUCUGACUUUACCUGACUACCUGCAGCCAAAUAUCGAACUCUGUAUUUGUUCUACUUUUAGAGAUCACUAAUAUGACAUACAGUCCUCUCCCCCUCCGUUCUUGUGAGGACUCAUCACUUUUCAGAACCCUAGCUCUUCCACUGACUCACUCUGUGGCUCUGGGCAAGUCACUUAACCUCUUUAAUCUGUUUCCCUAUCUAUAUAAGGAGGCUAAUACUUAUUCACCACAGAUUGGCGGGGGGAGAAUACAGUGCUUUGAAGAUAUAAAGCAAUAUAUAAAUACAAUGAUUACAGUAAGUAACUCUAUUAUUAGUAACACUGGCAACUCUCGUUGGAUUUAAGACAGUGAUCAACAGGUGAAAGUCUUUAUAUCUCAUUACACUCAUUCCCUGGAGACAUCAACUCCCACCUAUUAAGAUAAUUAGACUCUUUUUUCCCAAGAGAGAUUUAUUAUCCAUCAAGGAAAAGCUGCAGCAAAUCACUGACAAAGUUUCUUUGGGGUGAGAGUGGGAAUAAAAUAUAAAACAGCAAAUGCUACAUUUGGGUGACUAAUAUAAUUCUUCUGAUUUAUUUAUUUUUCUU